AUGGCGAGGACGUCGGCCAGGAUGGUAGAUGGAUUGGUUGCUGGUUCUUCAAGGGUUAAGAGAAUGAAGGUCUCACACUGCGGGCAAAAUUGUGCGUCAACCGACGAUGCAAAUGGACAAGGCGAUACCACUCAGACAGAGCAGUGUUCAGAGCCAUAUCUUCCCGAGGACAUCUGGCAUCAUAUACAUUCCUUGAUGCCACUGAAAGAUGCUGCCAGAGCUGCCUGUGUGUCUCAGUCCUUCCUGUCUUCCUGGAGAUGCCGUUCCAACCUCGUUCUUAGUAGGGAAUCAUUUGGCUUGGGUCAAGGUGAAAAGGAAACAGCUAGAGAUUUUAGAAGAAAAAUUGACCAUAUUCUGAGAAACCACUCAGGAACUGGCGUGAGAAAACUCAACCUUUGGUUGGUUCCAAAUUACAAUGCGAAGAACCGUGGUUACGUUGACAAAUGGCUUGAGAAGGCAGUUACACCAGGGAUUGAAGAACUCACCCUUAGUAUGCCUAUAAACAACAAAUCCAAAUACGAUUUUCCAUGCACGGUUUUAUCAAAUGGGAGGGGGGACUCGCUUCGGUGUCUUUGCCUUACCAAUUGUUCUUUUCAUCCUAUAGCCUUGCUUGGUUGUUUGAGAAGCUUGACCAAAUUAGAGCUGUUUAUGGUGCGUAUUCCAGGGGAUGAGCUAUGCUGCCUUCUUUCUAGUUCUUCAGCUUUAGAGUGGCUUUCACUUAGGUAUUGCAGUAAGGUAAACUGCUUGAAGAUACCAUGUCACCUUCAGCAUCUAAGGCACGUGAAGGUGGAAGAUUGCAGCAUGCGAAUGAUAGAGAGCAAAGCUCCAAAUCUCUCCAGCUUUCAGUUUAAAGCUGACCUCAAGGUGGUCAAUUCACCAAUUGUGUCUAGGAAACUCACCGACCUGAAAUCUAUGAUCAUCUGUCUUGGAGAAAUGGCCUUUUGCCCGAGCUUUGAUUGUCCGUCUAUGUUUUCUAUCCUUGGUGCUUCUCUUACGUUGGAGACUUUCAUCUCACGUGGCCUGGUUGAUUUAAACAUGUCCCUGUUCUGGGAGUGCAAGGACUGUCACGGGGACAUGUUCAAAGGAAUUGAGUACCUGCUAUUCCUUCUGCUGGAUGGCUGUACAUAG